AUGUUCAUGCGACAAUUUCUAUCUAUCUAUCUAUCUAUCUAUCUAUCUAUCUAUCUAUCUCAGUUCGUAUCUUUCUCUCUCUGUCUAUUUUUUGUUCUUGACAUAUUCUAUCUAACUAUGGUUAUUAAUAUCUAUCUAUCUAUCUAUCUAUCUAUCUAUCUAUCACAAUCUGUUCAUAUCUAUCUAUCUACCCCAAUCUAUCUGUCUUUACUGAUGGUAUUUGAAUUGGAAUCACUAAAAAAAUUACUAUCUAUCUAUCUAUCUAUCUAUCUAUCUAUCUAUCUAUCUAUCUAUCUAUCUAAUUCACUUCAGUAUCUAUCUAUCUGUCAGUCUGUUCAUUUUCUUUCUAUCUAUCUAUCUAUCUAUCUAUCUAUCUAUCUAUCUAUGUCAUUAUGUCCAUUAUCUAUCUAUCUCAUUAUGUUCAUAAUCUAUUCCACUAUCUCUCAUGAUCUAUCUAUCUAUCUAUCUAUCUAUCUAUCUAUCUAUCUAUCUAUCUAUCUAUCUAUCUAUCAUAAUUUAUUAAACACGUCUCUAUAUAAACUGCUCUACUUGUCUGUCUGUCUGUCUGUCUGUCUGUCUGUGAAAUGUCUCUCUCUCUCUCUCUCUCAAUCUCUCUCUCUCUCUCUCUCUCUAAUUUGA